UUCAGUUUGGAUAUAAUACAUAUUGUUUCAUUUCAGUAUUAUGGGGAUUAGGUGGACGUGAUUUUUUAGUUUCUAGACUAUAGACUAUUACAGAAAUAUAAUUUGAGUAAGCAUUAUAAUAAUGUGCAUCGAAAAUACAAAAAACUAGACACUAUGGGAUGUGUAGAAUUAGCAGCAACAAUUGGAAGUGUCAUACUUUUAAUAGUAACGUUGCCAUUUUCACUAUUAUGCGUUUUCAAGGUAGUACAAGAAUACGAAAGAGCAGUCAUAUUCAGGCUAGGAAGACUCAAAGCUGGUGCAGCAAGAGGCCCAGGAAUAUUUUUUGUGCUGCCCUGUAUUGAUAGUUAUUGUAAAGUGGAUUUGAGGACGAUAUCUUUUGAUGUUCCACCACAAGAGGCACUCACCAAGGAUUCCGUAACAGUUACUGUAGACGCAGUGGUAUACUACAGAAUCCAAGACCCAUUAAAUGCGGUAGUGAAAGUUUCGAAUUACAGUAACUCCACAAGACUUCUAGCAAUGACUACCCUGAGAAACAUUUUAGGAACAAGAAAUUUAGCCGAAAUCUUAUCGGACAGGGAGGCCAUUUCUCACGCCAUGCAAGCUUCCUUAGACGUUGCAACCGAUCCUUGGGGAGUUAAAGUUGAGAGAGUUGAAAUAAAAGACGUUAGUUUGCCCCAACAACUCCAAAGAGCAAUGGCAGCCGAAGCUGAAGCUUCUCGUGAAGCCAGAGCCAAAGUUAUUGCAGCUGAGGGUGAAAUGAAAGCUUCCAGAGCUUUAAAAGAAGCAUCUGACGUCAUUUCUCAAAGUCCUGCUGCAUUACAAUUGAGAUAUCUCCAAACCCUCAAUAAUAUAUCAGCAGAGAAAAAUUCAACUAUAAUAUUCCCAGUACCAAUAGAUUUGGUGAGUUACUUUAUCAACAUCAGAAAUGGAUCAGAAGCUGCGCCAGUAAUUUGAGUUUGAAGAUAUUUUUCAACACUAACAAAAUACUUUAUUCUCGAUAAAAAAAAAGCUUUAAAUAUGAGUUCUGUUAGCGAUAAGUACAAAUAAAAUGAAUCUAA